GUAGGUGGGGAAACGUUGGUUGAUUGGGAAGAAAGGGUCGAGGACCCGAUGUCUAUCUAACUCCGUACAUCCGUCGUCACUCGGACCUAUCCACAACCCUACCCUAUUUACAACCCUACAAUUGAAGCUGCACUCCGUAUCGUGAAUUCAAACCCUCGAUCUUUUCAAUGGUCCCCAGUGCCCUGUCAAGCAUAAGAAGCACAUACUGAUUCCCUCUCGAGCACCUUCUGCUCAUCAUCCCUUUAUCCACCUUCACAAUCCUCCUACUAUCCACCUCAUAAACGACAGUAACCAACGCUUUCAGAUACUCAAAACCAUGCAUAGCUACAACAUCAUGAACCGUUCGAUUCCCGUCACGAUUCGCAUCAAAGGGCUCGACGAGAUCAAAACCCACAUAAAAAUUAUCCCCACCCCGACAUUGCUGGACCUCGAAAAGUUCAUCCACAUGAACAGCCUCAAUUUCUACCACACCGAGCACCUCAGCAUCUACGACUUCCACGGGAUCUACCGGCACGGCCAGACAUCUCCGUACGUCAACGAGAUAAUCCGCACCGAGCGCGCCUGGACCGCGCUUCUGCCCGUCCUCUACCAGGACCCCACUCCGCAUCUCGUCAUGGCAGGGGCCACCGAUAUUGGCACCAAACAACCGCGCCGCAAGUCCCUCCAGCUCCAUGUCACAGUUCGUCACGACAAAGCCGGCAGCACUACCACCACCACCCACCAACCGCUCACCGUGUGGAUGCUGUGGGGCGAGACGCUACGUGAGUUCUUGGAGGCUGUGGACGGUGUUGCCGCACGCUGGCUGGCGGCGAACCGCAGCGAGUCGAUCUGCCUCGGCCACAUCGGCGUCUCCUUCUUCGCCGAUGGCAGAGGGAAGGCACUCCGCGACGAAUGCGCGUACAAGGAACUCUGGGAGCUGAGUCCAUCUACUGGAGGCAUUUCUCUUCAUGCGGAAUAUCAGAUGCUGCCCCGGGACUCCCACCAUUCACACAACGAACUUGGCGGGGCUGAGUCGAGGCGUGAGAAGAGGAGUUCCAAGCUUUAGGCCGAAACAGACUCUCGUUAAGUCGAUCCGAGUCUUCCUGCGAUUUCGAACUUGUUUUUCUUUGCGAUAGAUCGGGUGGAUGAUUUGAGUGACGUUCCGCUUGUCGCGUUUUUUUGAUUUUUGUUCUUGCUCAGUCAUUGAUUUGACACGCGUUGUUUUGACUGUUUUGUAUUCUUGCCUAGUUAAUUUCAUUGAGAG